UCUGUCUUUGUGUUGGCAAAUCAUAGGAUCUCAAGAAGCUGCUGCUCAUGUGCAUCUUAAGAAUUUACUAGGUAUUUGGUAUUUACUACAAGGAAAUACAUGUAUGUGAAUAAGAAUUGUUUUCCUGAAUGACCAUAUUGAGCCUGGGUUGCUGCUUUCCCGCUGCUUUACUAUCUCGUAACCAUACCGCUUCAUUUGGCACCAAAAAAUCAAUAGCGCCUAGCCGACGAUUCGGAGGUUUUUCUUCUUCGUGCGGCCCUUCCUUUACAGUAGCGUGUCUGGGAGAUGGAGCUAAUAGAAUCACAGAUAUCAUCCACAACAAGGUUUUGAUAGCUGCUGCUUUAUCUGCGGCAGUUGGGCAACUUUCUAAACCUUUUACAUCAGCCAUAUUUCAUGGCCAAGAUUUUGAUAUCAGGCAAGCCUUUCAGUCUGGAGGGUUCCCUUCGACGCACUCCUCUGCAGCUGUUGCAACAGCUACCUCCAUUGGACUGGACAGGGGUUUCUCUGACGCAGUAUUUGGGUUAGCAGUUGUUUAUGCUGGCAUUGUCAUGUACGAUGCACAGGUUUGUGUUGAGCAGAUUCCACUUUGCUAAUCGUCUGCAACCACGUUAAAAUGUAGUCAGAUAAGACCUCAUUACUGCACUUUAUAUUAAAAGUAAUUAUAAUAUCUUUGGAAAAGUAGAUUAACUUUUAUGAACUGUUCAUAUGGUUUUUCUUUAUUGCAUUGUUUUAAAAAUGCAAAAAAGAGUUCUUACGAGCACUGAACUAACCUGGUCGAGGAUCAAAGCAAAGAAGUCGUGUCUGAAUAUCUUGAACAUCUCUCUAUCGCAAGACCUCUAUCGAAAGACCUCCCACCCAAAGAGUUCUCGCUGUUCAAUGUGUUGAUGCACACAGUCUGGAUGUUUCUAGUCUGAUAUGUUUUUAAUCUUGUUUCUCUGGUUCACUCCGAAUGUCUCAGAGCUGGACGGAGUGCUAAUGUUGUCUAACUUUAUCAUCAGAAAUACAUCAUCUAGUUUGAUAUGAACUGAAUAUUUCAACUAAACUCUAGCCACUGGCUAUGUUUGAAAUGCUGAAAUUAGCAGGAAACGGAAUUGAGAAAAUAGUUUUUUUUUACUUUUUUUAAUCUUCAGUUGUAACUUCAGAAAUUAGAAGGAAAAUAUAAUUUGAAUAAAAUAUAUAAAUUUUACAUUAGACUACAUAUGUUUAUUUAUUGUAAUUUUUAUCUUUGUCUUUAUGCACUAUAUCAAUAGAAUGAAUUCGAACUAAUAUUUGUGAUCGAUUGAUUUAGUCUGAACCUUUCCCCCCCAACUUAUAUUUUUUUCUUCUAAACUUCCCCUCUAUUUUCAUCCAACCGCUAGCACUUUCGAGGUUCAUCGCACCCUAAGAAACUGAGGACAAGGAGUAAUGUUCAUGUAAAUAGUCUUUCAUAAGUCUUCUGUGUAUGAUAUUAAAGACUGCAGCUUGUGCUAUUGUAGGGUGUUAGAAGGGAAGUUGGAGUCCAUGGAAAAGUACUAAACCGGCUUUUGUUAGAGACUUGUCUAGAUCAAAGUUCCUCCAACGAUGUUCCUUUGACUGAUCAUUUGCAAGCAAACUCAACGUCAAAUGUUCAGAUUCUCGAGCCUUGCUUAUACAAAGAAUUGAGUCCUUUGGAACCAUUGAAAAAGAGUGCCACUGUGUUCGCUACCUCUGGUGCUGAAAACGGUUCAAAACCAUUGAAGUAUUCUGAGCUGAGAGAAUCGAUUGGUCACUCAGAGAUUGAGGUCAUAGCUGGUGCUUUAUUGGGGUUCUUGGUUAGUGUAGUUCUUUUCAGUUUUUAUUAUAUUAAAGGGUGAAGACCUCUAUUAAUUCCAGAGGGUAUGUUUUGAUCCUUGGAGAUGCUAGGGAAAGUGGAAAAAAUGACUUCGACAACCUUGUAUGCUUUGACAUCUAAGAAUGAGUAUUACUCCACUUGUAAAAUCUUGAGCUUAAUAUAGCUCACUUAUAAAUUAAAUGACACGUGUACCCUGCAGAACAUAUGAAAAGUUGUCUUUUCAAAAUCCAUUGUCUCAUUUUACAAGUUUUAUUGUUUGAUU